AUGGAUCCGCCUUUAAGUCCGCUCGGGAACUUGGACCCGCACAUGUUGCGAGAUAUGGUUGUAGACAAACAAGGAGUUCCUCCUGGUUCUCAUUUGACCAACUCUAGUAUGGCUCAAGUAAGUGUGUACUUUGUUUCAAUGUACUUUUAACUUUAGCAUUGGUCUCCUGCACAUAUUUCUCAAAAUACGAGUUCUCCAGCUAGUGAGGAGUCGCCGCGAUCUCAACAACGUCUUUCUACAGGUAAAAUCACAUAUAUUGACAAAAUUUAGACAAAAAUAGAUUGAAUAUGUAUUUUUUAUAUUUGAAUUAAACUCAAAACAUGUCUUUGGAUUUUAGGAAGCAACACAGAUAUUAAUAGCCCAUUCCAAAAUCGAUCGUCUUCUCAACAGCCACAACAGUUUGACUUUAACACUCCACGAACUCCAAUGUUUCCGGGGCCUUCGAACUCACCAACAAAGCCAGUACCAAAUCAACAGCAUCUCAUGAGUAAGUUCUGCUUGACUAAUCUAAUAUGAUGUUUUCUUGUUUAUGUCGUUGAAGAGGUUAAAGACUACUCAAGUUGUUUACAGGCCCUGUUGGUCAGUCUCCGCAGCAACCCCAGUCUCAAAUUUCACAACACAUGCCAUCUUCACCGUUUCCGCGAACAUCAUCGGCCGCUUCGAGUAACGCUUGUCCAUCACCGUACCCACAGUCGUCUCAGGUGACUAAUCAACAAUAUCGUAUGUUUUCACAGUAGUUUUUUAAUGCUUUUUUUUACAUUUAAAGUGUUUUUUUUUAAAUGCGGCUUUUUAGAAGCACAAAUGUACAAUAGCGGCUAUCCAACUCCUCGUAUGCCAUAUCCUAACGGGCAACCGGGUUAUUCUAAUUAUGGUCAAAUGAAUCAGCAAUGGCAGGGUCAAAAUGUAAACACAUUUUUAUUUUUUUUUGUGAUAACAUAUUACAAAUUUAAAAAAAAUGAAAAUAAGCAGCGUUUUAAUGGUUUCAGAUGCAUCCUGCCUACAUGAAUCAACCCAGAAUGAUGGGUACUUCAAUCCAACGACCUAUUAGGUAUCCAACGGGUAUGUGUCUCUUUGUUUUAAUUAAAUAUUAAUGGUAGUUAAGUUGUUUCUUGUUAUUGUCAUGGCGCUUAAAAGGACACGCAAAAUCUUUUUAGGAUAUCCACAGCAAGGUGUACCACAACAACAGUUUAUGUACCAACAGCCACGACCAGUACGACAACAGUAUCCUCAAGGCAAUGGAUCGAAUCCACAAACUCCAGGAGCUGUUCCUCAAUCUCCUAGUCAGGGCAACUACCCAUACAACAAUCAAACGGCAGUUAAUCAAUCACAAAAUCAUUAUUACAUGCAACAGCAACAAAGGCUGCAACAUCAAGUCAGUUAGCGUUUAAGUUUAUAUUGUUUUAGUUUUCUAUUAUGUUUCUUUAAGUAUUUAAAAUUAAGUUCUAGGGCAACCGACCGGAAUCACCGUCAGUUAUUCGACCAUACAUGCAGCCGGUUCCUGUGGGCGGAUCAGCUCAAGGAAUGGGUAUGCCAAUGACACCUAUGAAUGGACAGAGUAUGAAUCCUCAUGGUAUGUUGAAGAGUUAACGUCGGUAAUUAUAGGGCUAAAUGGAAAGCCAUACUGGUUAUUAAGUUAUUUUUAAUACUUGGUGUCGUAGAUAUAUUAUCGUAUGUUUGAGAAGUUAUAUAUACUUUAUAAGUGUAGUUUUGCUGUUUAUCUACUGUUUUUGGUUAUUUAAAGCUUUUUAGUACGGUACGUGUCUAACGGCAUGCCUGCAAAUACGCCUAUUCAGUACUCUAACAACAUGCCUCAAACAUCACAAGGACAGAUGGGACACAACAUGGUACAAUCCCCAGAUAUGAAUCCACAGGGUCAGGCACCUUGUCAGCAGAUUAUUCGACAGCCGAUGCCUCCGCAACAAAGUUAGUUUACUAGUUGUAAAAUAUUCAGGUUUAAUAUGAAUAAUUGAGUUUUUGUUUAAAUUUAUUUGUUUGAGUUACAAAUGACAACUUAUAUGCGCUUUAAGGUAUGUAUCCCAGCUCUGUACCAGUCCACAGUAACAUGCCGAUGCCUGGUACGAAUGCCUUGAUGCACGUUGGUCAACAAGGAAUGAUACGGGUAGGACAACCAGUUCGAAGCUCAGCUUUCUAUGACUUCGACCCUCAUUGGCAACAUCGUGUGUGUAACACUGAGACCUUCUUGGGCGGGUGUGUCUUCUGGUCUGAUCCUGAUUUACUUUUGGAGCCGAACGAGAUUCAGAAUCAGCUACGGUACUACGGUGGAGAGUUUGAAACCGGGCUUACGCCGAGUAUGGCAGUUACUCACUGCGUGUUCGAGUCUAUGACAGACAAAGCCAGGGAUUUCAUAAAGAAGACACGAACUGUCAGGUUUGUUACUCCAGCCUACCUUAGUGAUGUAAUUGCUCGCAAGAGGAUGUCACCUCCCUUCAAGGCUUCUCAUUUACCGUCAGCAUGGGGAGUGAACAACAAAGAGCAGUAUCCAGGUCAUAACAAGGUAAGUUUUUUUUAUGUUUUGGUUUAUAUAAUUUUAAAAUGUAAAUUAUGAUAUUGUAAUUAAAAAUGGGAUAUUUGAAACUUUCUUUUAGGUGUUUGCUGCCGAAGGAUUUGAUGACAAUGAGAUAGAGAUGAUAAAGAUACUUUGUAAAGGUGUUGGAGCUCGCUUCAACUCUUGUAUAAAUUCAAAUCAUGCUGCUUUGAUUGCCAAAUGGUACGUUUUUGUAAUUUUAUUUUUAAAGUGUCAAGAACUUUAUUAACGCUAUUAACUUAUUGUGAUUUUAGCGAAGGCGGAAUGAAGUUUACAAAAGCUCAGGAGUGGGAGAUACCUACAGUAAACUUGCUAUGGCUAGUCAAGCUUUACUUCGGAAACAGUCAAAUAAUUGCUGAAAUGAGACAUCCAGAAAAUAGUGCUGGAAUACCUGGAACCGGGGAGAUCACUGGGCCUAUUGCUUUGGAAAAGAUCUGCGAUAACGCUGGCAAUCUUUUGGGUAUGUAUUGUGUUUUAUUUUACCUUUAGUUUUGUAAAUAAUGUGAUUGCCACAAUUAUUAAAGUGGCGGGCUUUUUGUUAAUUAUUUUGGUUUAGCUUCAUGGAAGGUACCGAUCCCGGUAAACGAGGUAACGCUUCAGAAAGCAAUGGAACUGAGAGCACAGACCGAAAGGGACGUGACUUGUUUCCCACAUCACAAAAUUAGGUAAUUAUUUGAAAUUAAGGACGUCGCUACGGAUUUUUUUCUGGGGGAGGGGGAGGCUGAAAAAAUUUUUUUUCGUUCACAGGUAGUUGUGGACUGAUUUUCCAAAAUUUUUUUUUUCGUUUUUUUGCGUACCUGUGGAAUUUUUUUCGGAUCGGCUCUGGGGGAGGGGGUACUCCCCCCCCUCCCUCUCCCCCAAACGACGUCCUUGUUUGAAAUAUAACUUUUUUGAACAAAUACUUGUUGGCUUAUGCUCAUAUUAAUUCUUGUUUAGAUUAUACACAGAAGCACCGACGGAAGAACAGAUAACACAAGCAGUCGAGGUACUUCACCGAGAUGGAAAGCUGCCGAAUGUCAGGGUUUAUGUCGAUAGAUUGCCAUCAGAAAUGGUAGAAUCUUUGGGUAGACGGGUAAGAUUCUUGGGUGGUCAAGUGACAUCUUCUAUCGUCGAUUGUACUCACUUUGCGACCCCAGACCUUAAAAGAACGGUAGAAUUGUGCGAAGCACUGGGGCUGGGUCGAGAGAUUGUAGAUGUCAGCUGGAUCGACCAUUCGUUCUCUUGUCUCAAGUUUGUUGGUAAGUUGAUUAAAUAUUUUAUGUUGUAAGUGUUUUAUAGUUCUUGGUAGAAUAUUGAGUUGGUUAUUGUUAAUUAUUCUUCAGAUUCCUUUGAUUUCCACGUGAGAGAUUACGAAAACGAAGCCAAGUACGGCUUCAAUGUGAUGAACACCUUGUUCAGAGCCAGAACUCGACCAGUCUUUGAAGACGUCACUUUCCAUAUCAGUCCAAACGUUCAACCAUCGCGAGAGAUACUUCAACGACUGAUUCAGAGUGCUGGAGGUAUUGUGGAAGAGCACAAACCUACUUACAAGAAGAUAUACCAGGCUAUUAAGGUAUGUUGUUUCUUUAUAUGCGCUUUUAGUUUUCUUUGCUACUUCUUAACUAUAUCAAUGUAAACUGUAUAUUUUCAGUAUGAUAAAACGUUUAUUGUGGUUGUAAACGACAGCGACGCUUGCGACUACGAGUAUUUGUGGGAAAAGAAGAUUCGUGAGUUUACUCUUCUAUUUAUCUAAAACAAUAUUUAGUAUAAUAGUAAUUGUUCUACUGUGGUAUUAACUAUGUUGUUUCAGCUUUGUUUAACGAAGAGUUUGUGUGUAUGGCCAUAAUCAGACACGACUUUGACAUCUCUGCCAACUACCGCCUCAAUCCUCCAGAUGAACCUCACAAAGAGUCAAACGAGUUCGCGAUACGCAGCGACAGAGUCAAAGUUGCCUAA